CUACUUUGGUUCUACUGGAAUCAUAUGUUUCCAUUGAAAUCUAUUAAAGAAAUAGCAACGCAAUCAGAAAUUCCGGCAAUGUUUUUAUUCAAUGCAGCAAAUCAAGCUCGGGGCCGCUAUAGACUCUUGCCGGAGGGGUCGCCGACGCGGCCUGUGGCGCCGUGAUUGAGUGCCACAGCGAGUAGAGUCGAGGCGGAGCAAAUGGAACAGAGUGGCAAAAGAGGCUGCGCCGCCGGCGAGAUUGACGAGAAGUGAGUAUUGGAAUGGCACAAAUUGGUAAUUUUCGGAUGAGAACGGGAGGAGAAUCGUCUUUUGGAGUCUGAAGAUUCGAAGCAGAGAGUUAGCUGCGGCCAUGGGAUGGGGUUCUCUGCGGCGAGUUUUGUGUAUAGCGGCAAAAGACGAAAGGGAAUUUGAAAACUAAAAAUGUUGGGGUGUGCAUUUACAGAUUUACCCAAACCGGAUUAAAAUUAGAAAGCCGCCGGCUCGUCAUCCGUGCGCUUGGAAGGCCGAAUCUGCGGCGGCUCCUAAACUUGACACUUGACACACCUGCCUUGCCCAGAACGAAACCAAACACUCAUACGCUUAAAUAGGAAAUCAGACCCCAAAAAGGCCUGUAUUCUACACUGUCCGAACGCAUCUCUAGAGAGAAAAAUAACAGAGGAAGAUUAAGCUUAGAGAGAGAGAGAGGGGAAGGGAAGAUGGUGCUAUGGGAGAUAACAUUGGCAACGGCGUAUUUCUUAGGUUUGAAGAGAACGUACAGACUCGCAUUGAGGAUUCAGCGGCGGGUGAUUAGGCCCAAGUAUCCGAAGAUUCGUCAAUUUGCUCACAGACGAACACGAGCUGUGUUUGAUGUGGUACUCAAGUUUCAUAGGAAAAUACAAGAAAGAGAUCUUGAAGCUGGAAGGAAUCUUGGCAACUGGAUCCUUCGAUGGCUUGAUAAAGCAAAGCCAACAGCUAACAUCCGAGGAGAACCCCCUUCCAUUGGCAGUCCGAACAAAUUCAACUCCAAACCACUUGCAAACUCAACACCCCCCAAGAAGCUCGACAGUUUUCAGAAGUUUGAUGCAAAACAGGAUCAGGAUUCCAGCAGGCAUCUGUUUACCUCAUCAAGAAAUAUGUGGCCUAAAGCCUUUCCCACUGUUGCAAUGAUGAUGAGGCCUACAAAGCCUGCAGGAACUAGCAUCCACUACAGGCAGUUCAGCAUUAGCAGGCUUGGUGACUUCAAAGCUAACCUUGGAAGCAAUACUUACAGUGGCAUGGUACGCCCGGACAUAAUGCAGUGGAUUCAACGUGGUCACCUUACUAAUCAACCUACGUUUGCUGCUUUAUCUUGCAAAAAGCUGAACUUCCUUGAGGUUUGAAUUUAGGCAAUUUUCAUGCAUUCUAAUUAGUACUGUGGAAUGUGCUCUCAGCUCGAUAUGAUCUGGAAAGCACAACAUGUCCUUAAUCCAAAGAAAGCUUUCUUCAAGUCGCAAGAAGAUUAAAUUAAACUAGAUGCUACAAGUUUGAUUUUGUAAAUGGUAGUUACCUUUUAAUUUAUUAUAUUGUUGUCAGUUUCUUGUCAAUUUGUAUGGAUGUGCGUCAAUUGUGUGUGUGUGUGUGAAUGAAGAAAUGUGCGUCAAGGUGAAA